AUGCUCCUGGACACCACGGCGGUUCUGGGUGAACUGGGAUGGAGGACAUAUCCAGCAAACGGAUGGGACGCCAUAACGGAGAUGGACGAGCGGAACCGUCCCAUCCACACCUUCCAGGUGUGCCAGGUGAUGGAGGGCCACCAGAACAACUGGCUGGUGUCGGAGUGGGUGGCCCGGCGCGCCGCCCAGAAGGUCCAGGUGGAGGUGCGCUUCACCCUCAGGGACUGCAGCUCCAUCCCCUGGGUGGGCGGCACCUGCAAGGAGACCUUCAACCUGCUCUACAGAGAAUCUGAUACACCGUUGCCGUCUAGCGCCGUUCCCACUACACAUCCCCCGACCCACUUUGCCAAGGUGGACACCAUUGCCGCUGACCAGAGCUUCACUCAAACAGACCUGGGGGACCGUGUGCUGCGCCUCAACACUGAGGUGCGUCAGGUGGGUCCACUGAGCAGGAAAGGCUUCCACCUAGCCUUCCAGGACCUGGGGGCCUGCAUCGCCCUGGUCUCCGUCCGCGUCUUCUACAAGAAGUGCCCCACCACCGUGCGGAACCUGGCCGUGUUCCCCGAUACUGUGCCCCGCGGAGACACCUCCUCCGCCCUGGUGGAGGUGCAGGGGAGGUGCGUGGAGCACGCGGAGGAGCGCGAAGAGCCCAAGCUGUACUGCGGGGCCGACGGCGACUGGCUGGUGCCCCUGGGGCGCUGCGUAUGCACCGUCGGCUACGAGGAGGCACACGGACUCUGCCUGGGCUGCAGUCCUGGCUUCUACAAGGCGUUUGCAGGCAACAUCAGGUGUUCCAAGUGCCCUCCCCACAGCUCCAGCUCUGCUCCCGCCGCGGCCGUCUGCACCUGUGACAGGAACUACUACAGAGCCCCCAGUGACCCGCCCACCGCCGCCUGCACCAGACCGCCCUCUGCUCCGCGUGAUUUGCUGGUCAGCAUCAAUGGCUCCUCCCUCUUCCUGGAGUGGGAGGCGCCCGCCGACCCUGGGGGGCGGAGAGACGUGACCUACGUGGUGCACUGCUGGAGGUGCACAGGAGGAGGAGCAGGAGGAGAGGAGUGUGAGGCGUGUGAGGAUGAUGUCCACUUCCUGCCACGCCCCCUUGGCCUCAGCUCCACCCGCGUGGCCAUCCAGGACGUGCUGGCCAACAGCAACUACACCUUCCAGGUGGAGGCUCUGAAUGGAGUGUCUGCUCAGGCCAACCGCAGACCAGCAGCACUGAACAUCAGCAUCAGCACCGCCCCAGCAGGUCCAUCGAUGGUGGGACUGAUCAGGAAGGACUGGGCCACUCAGACCUCCAUCGCCCUCUCCUGGCAUGAGGUGGAACAGUCACCCAGCCCCAUCCUGGACUACGAGAUCAAGUACUAUGAGAAGGAUCAAAAGCACCUGAGUUACUCCUCCAUCCGCUCCCUGACGGCUGGCGUUGUGGUAUCAGGUUUGAGGGCGUCGACACUCUACGUCUUCCACGUUCGAGCUCGCACAGCCAACGGCCUCAGCAGCUUCAGCAGUCCUGCCGAGUUCUACACCGAAGACAAGACUCCGGAGCUGGUGUCCUCUCAGGCCUCUGUGCUGGUGAUGGUGCUGGCCACGGUGGGGGGCUUCUCUCUCCUCGUCAUCCUCACCCUCUUCCUCCUCAUCACCGGACGGUGCCAGUGGUGGAUCAAGACCAAGAUGAAGUCCGAGGACCAGAGGAGGUCACAUUACCACAACGGACAUGCGGUUCCGUUUUCGGGGGGUAAGACGUAUGUGGACCCGGACACCUAUGAGGACCCCACACAGGCCAUCAAGGAGUUCGCCCUGGAGAUCGACCCGGCCCAGAUACGAAUAGAGAGAGUCAUUGGAUCAGGGGAGUUUGGGGAGGUGUGCAGCGGGCGCCUGUGCUCCCCAGGUAGACAAGAAGUGGGCGUGGCCAUCAAGACCCUGAAGGGCGGCUACACGGAGCGGCAGAGGCGGGACUUCCUGCGAGAGGCAUCAAUCAUGGGCCAGUUCCAACACCCCAAUAUCAUACGGCUGGAGGGGGUGGUGACCAAGAGUCGUCCUGUCAUGAUCAUUGUGGAGUUCAUGCAGAAUGGAUCCCUGGACUCUUUCCUCAAGAAGCAGGACGGGCGUCUGACGCUGGUGCAGCUGGUGGGCAUGCUGCGGGGCAUCGCGUCGGGCAUGGCCUACCUGUCGGACAUGGGCUACGUGCACCGCGACCUGGCGGCGCGCAACAUCCUGGUGGACGAGGCGCUGGUGUGCAAGGUGUCCGACUUCGGCCUCUCGCGCGUACUGGAGGACGACCCCCAGGCCUCGUACACAGCUGUGGGAGAGAAGAUCCCGAUCCGCUGGACGGCUCCCGAGGCCAUCGCCUGCAGGAAGUUCACCUCGGCCAGCGACGCCUGGAGCUACGGCAUCGUCAUGUGGGAAGUGAUGUCAUACGGGGAACGCCCCUACUGGGAGAUGUCCAAUCAGGACGUGAUCCUGUCCAUCGAGGAAGGCUAUAGGCUGCCGGCCCCGAUGGGCUGUCCCCUGGAGCUGCACCAGCUGAUGCUGCACUGCUGGCAGAGGGACCGCCGGCUCCGCCCACAGUUCUGUGACCUCCUCAGCUUCCUGGAGAAACUCAUACACAACGGGUACACUACAUGAAUACACACACACGCACGCACACAAUCUCUGGAGUCGCUGGACUACCCCUUCUUCAUCUCCGUCGGUGAUUGGCUGGACUCGAUCAAGAUGAGCCAAUACAAGAACAACUUCAUCGCCGCCGGUUACACCACGCUGGACUCAGUGUCUGUCAUGACCAUUGAGGAUGUGCGAAAGAUCGGCAUUACCCUCAUCGGCCACCAGAGGAGGAUAGUGAGCAGCAUACAGACGCUGAGGCUGCAGCUGCUCCAAGUGCAGCAUUAUAACUUUCAUGUAUGA